GCGGGGGCAGGAGGGGCUGGGGGCAGCCCUUGUUCCCCACGUGACGCCGGCGCCGCGCGGGGGCGGCUCCGGUUCAUUCAUAAAUCCCGGGGCCGCCCCGCCGCACCGAGCGCAGCGGCAGCGGCGAUGGAGCCCCGGUCCCGGUUGUAGGACGAGCUCGGGCCGGGACGGACCAUGAGCGAUGACCCGACACCCUGGGACAACGCGACGGAGAGCGCUACGGCGGUGCCCGGCGAGGUGUCCCCCCAGGAUGGGUACGUGCUGCUCCUCGCCCUGCUCUCCAUCUUCAUCGGGGGCACCCUGGUCCUGCUCUCCGGCAUCCUGAUCAUCUGCCGCCGCUGCUGCGAGGCCGACCGCCGGCACUCCAGAGCCAGCGAUGACCCCGAGAAAACCAACACCACCUACCUGGAUGACUCGCAGCCAGCCCAGGAUAUCACCAUCAAAGUGGAGGACCCCGAGUGCCUGUCCUCCUCCAGCUACCGGGAUGCGGAGAGCGAGCGGUUCCUGUCCUCCAGCUCCUCCACCGCCCGCCGCGUCUCCUUCAACGAGGCCGCGCUCUUCGACCAGGGCAAGAAGACCCAGGAGAAGGGGAGGAGGUACACGCUGACGGAGGGGGACUUCCACCACCUGAAGAACGCCCGCCUGACCCACCUGCACCUCCCGCCGCCCGCCCUCAAGAUCGUCACCAUCCACGAGUGCGAGUCCAGCGAGAACAGCCUGGCCAUGACCCCCCGCCUGCCCCCGCCCAAGCCCGGCCUCGCCAUCUUCCAGCCCCCCGGGGGGGCCCUGCCCCGGCCGGCGCUCCCCAGCCACGCCGUGUGUCCCAGCUCUGCCCUGCCCGGGGACACCUACAACUCCACCGUGGACACCAGCUUCGCCGAGGCCAGCCCCUCCGCCUCCUCCGACUCCGGGGAGGGCCCCUCGUUCGCAGCAGCCCCCAGGAGCGGGAAGGCGGCUGGGGUGGGCAGUGCCGGUGCCGGGGAGCCCCCCCCGGCCCCCGCUCAGGGCACGGUCCUGCAGUUCUUCACCCGCCUGCGCCGCCACGCCAGCCUGGACGGGGCCAGCCCCUACUUCAGGAUCAAGAAGUGGAAGCUGGAGAGCACCCAGCGGGCGUCCAGCCUGGACACCAGAGGGUCCCCCAAGCGGCGGCAGUUCCAGCGGCAGCGGGCGGCCAGCGAGAGCAUGGACCAGGAGGACCGGGACCCUCACCAGACCGACAUCAUCCAGUACAUCGCCCGCACGGACGACGUGGCCUUCCACCCCGCGGGGGGGCCCUUCCUGCCCUCCCCCCCCAGCCCCCCACCCUCUCUCGGCAGGCUAGAGCCGGGCGAGGGGGGCGCGGGCAGCCCCGGCGAGGCCGGUGUCCCGGAGCAGCCCAGCGCCUACCACGACAUCUGGAGCCUGCGCGCCUCGCUGGAGCUCUACGCCUCCUCCGAGCGGAGCAACGACCAGGACUCGGUGCGCAGUGACGGCGGCGACAGCGUCUCCUCCGCCGGUGGCAUGGCCCCCUGCCCCUCCUCCUCCCUGGACGAGGCCGAAGGCCCCGAGGAGAAGCUCUGGGGUCGGCCCAAGCCCGAGGAGUCGGAGCCCGGCACUCGCAAGCUGCUGCAGAUGGACAGUGGCUAUGCCUCCAUCGAGGCACCCAGCCGGGGGGGCGAGGAGGGGCCCCCCAAGGACCAGACGGCCUCCGAGAAGCGCAUUUGCUUCACCAGCGCGGGGCGGAAAGGCACCAUCUUCGAGAGCUUCGAGGGCCGGGAGCCAGAGGAAGAGGAGGAGGAGGAGGAAGAAGAGGAGGAGGAGGAGGAAGAGGAGGAAGAGGGGAGCAUGGCCCGGGGUGCAGCGGGUGGGGGCCCCCCCCAUCCCCACAGCCCCCUGGCCUGGUCCCCGUACGGGCAGAUGUUCCCGGGGCGGGACGCGCUGCCCCGUCGGGACUACAGCAUCGACGAGAAGACGGACGCCCUGUUCAACGCCUUCGUGCGCCACGACCCCCAGUUCGACGAGUCGCCGCUGCGGGGGAAGCACCGCUCCCGCACCCACCUCCGCAAGCAGUGGCAGCACGCCAAGCAGUACAGCGACCCCGGCGUGCGCUACCCGGCCCUGGAACGGCACCGCACCCCGCUGCGCCGCGGCGACAGCGCCAACUACCCCCUGGACGCCCGCUUCCACAGCCCCCUGCCCCGCAUCGUCAGCGCCGGCGACGAGGAGGCGGCCGAGGCGGCCGAGGGGGUCCCCCCAGCCCCGGCGCUGCCCGAUCCCGAGAUCCAGGUGAUCGUGGAGGAGCCCGGAGAGGGGGCCUCCGAGCCCAAGGCUGGCUCCGAGCCCCCCGGGGACGACGACUGCCCCGGCCCCGGGAGGUGCCUGGGGCUGGGCUCGGGCUCGGAGCUGAUGGACAAGAUUGCCGGCGGGCUGGAGGAGCGGCUCUACGGCCACUUGCGGAAAGCGGGAGAGAGCACGGAGCGCACGGUGGCCGUGGCGGCCAGCGAUGCCCCCCCCGACCACAGCCCUGUCUAGGCCCAGUGUGAGGGGGAGAGACCCCGGCAUGGGGCGGGGGGGGCUCGGCUCCCACCGGGGCUCCGUCCCCUCCUGCUGCCGGCGUGGGGAGCAGCCCAGGGUGCCGCGGGAAGGGUGGCCCCGGCACGGGAAGGCCAGGAUGGGAAUGUGGGGUCCCCUGGCCGUAUCCCCCCCUGGCCACCGCGGGGGGGGCCCGGUAGCGUAGGGUGGCCAAGCCCCCUCGCUCCCAGGAGCGAGGUGCCAGGCGGCGGUGGAGGGUCCGGGCCGGGGGUGCCCGGGGGGGUCAGGGGGCAGAGAUGGAGCAGAGCCUUGGCCGAGGACUUUGCUAAUAAACCCCCCAAACCCAGCCAAGGCCAAUCUUGCCCCCCCCCGGCCCCGGCAGAGCCGUGUAGCAGACGCGCUCUCCCCGCUCGCUCCGGUUUCUUACAAGCAAUAAUGCCUCCCGUCCGCCGGGGAACGGCCGCGCCAGGACGGGACCGGAGCUGGGCGUCCCCCUGGGGGGGGGGACACACAUAGUUAUUUGGGGAGGGGGAGUCACCUCCUCGUGCCCACGAACCCCCUGGCGCUGCAGGGAGCCUGGGAGCUAAACUGGAAGCGGGGGCCAGGGACUGGAGGAUGCUGGAGGGGCUCCUACGUCCCCCCUGGGGGCACGGGUGAGCUGUGGGGCCCCCCCCUGUAAAUACCCGCUGUUGGGGUGGGGGCUGCUCGUCGCCUGUCCCCGGCGUUGUCCCCUCUGCCCGGGGGUGUGGGGCGAGGGCAGAGCGUGGGGUCGGGCCAGCAUGUGCCGUGGGUGACCCCCCCGCCAGCGCUCCGUGUUGUCCAUCCCCGUCCCCCCCCCCCCCGCGGGGCUCGAGGCGUUCAGAGGAUAUUUAUUGAUUUUUACAGAGGUGGAUGCUGCUGCUCCAGGGGAGGGGGUCGCUUUUUAUUGGGUUUUUAUUUGUGUUUCAAAGGAAUGGGGUGGGGGGGGAAAGCCCCAGACGCGUUACCUGGGAGACUGGGCAGCGGGGCAGGUUGGGGGGGGGGGGGGGCUCGACCGAGGGCCCCCGCACCCCUCUCAGCACCCCCCAUUGCAUGCGAGAACAGAGGCCGGGUCGCUCCUUCCCUCUGCAAAUCUCUGUCCAAAGCACUAAGUACGUUUUUAAGUCUAUAAACAAAAGGAGAAAAAAAAAC